GUCCGGCCGACGUAGCGCCCUCCGCCGCCGCGCAUGGAACAGCCGGCCGGUCAACCACGGCAGCAGCGUAGUAGUACUACAAGUGCUGCUACCCUGCGCCGUACGAUUCGGUUCAACGCGUUGAAUGCCGCCGCCGCUGCCAGCCUGCUGCUCCAUCUCCGCCGCCGCGGCGCGAGCGCGACUGCCGCUGCCGACGACCGCGCGAUUCGCCGUCCUCUCGCCGGACGCGUGCUCCUCGCCGAAGAAUAGUCAUCAGGAAGGGUUCUCGUCCACCACGACGGCUAGCGGCGGGGCAGGAGGAGGCAUGGAGGGCUCGGAGAAGAAGGCUACUUCGCCGGCGGCAGCCGUCUCCCAGCGCAUCAUGCCGCAUCUCCUCAACAUAUACGGAUCGUGCGCGACGGCUCGGGAUUUCGAGAUUUACGCGCCGCACGCCACCUUCGAGGACCCGCUCAUGAGAGCUCAUGGGGUGAAGCAGAUCAAAUCGGCCUUCUACACACUCCCCAAGGUUUUCGGCGAAUCCAAAAUCGUGGAGUACACAGUUACAGAAACCGAAACUGCGCCUGGAAAAACCGAGAUAUUGAUCGACAACAAGCAGCACUACAAGAUUCUUGGGAGGGCCAUCGACCUGACGUCGCUCAUCACGCUCAACGUCGAGGACGGCAGGGUUGUGAAGCACCAGGACUGGUGGGACAAGAAGCCUCCGAGGAGCAGGGAGACGGUGAGCUUCCCGGUGGUCGGCCGGCUGGCGGAGGUGAGCCGCCGCGGCACCAUGCUGCUCACCCACACCCUCAUGGGCUGCGGCAAGGACCCAUAGGCAUGUUCAGGCCCGUAGUUUCUUUCAAAAUCUUCAGUUUUGCCCUAAGAAGUUCAGAUUGUUACUCAUAUUGUCAUGAUCUUCAGUUAUAGAAUCCAAAAAAUGAAACAUCAGAGAGAAGCGGGGAGAAUGUUCAUGUAGUUUGUUAAUGGGCUGUAAAGACUGAAGACUGAAGCUGGGAGAAUGUUCAUGUAGUGUGUCACAUCUUUGUCUCGUGUCACUAUCAAUGUAUCAUUUUAUCAGCACUGUUUGCAUUCUUUUUACGAGUGCAGUACUACGUUGUACGUACAAAAUAGUGGGGAGAAUACUGUCAGAAGUGUAUUUCUUUGCACAAUAUUAUCUUUCCCCGGUUUAUAUCCUAAUUUUCUCUCAAUUCUGUUUCUAUAAAUCGGUUGUAAGGAUGAGGAAGACGACCAUGUCUAUAUUACUCCG